CCCUGUCCAGUUUUGCACAAGAUCCUUCCCAGGAUACUUCGUAGCUAGAAGGUACUUGCUUCGAAUAUUAAAGAUAUGUCAAGAAAAUUCUUGCAGCUUAGGUUCUACUCCUGCAGAGAUAGUAUGCAUGAGAUAUAUAUAUUAACAAGGAACUCUUUUAUGAAGAAUGUUACCAUUAGUUUCAAAAAAUUAAAUACAUGAGUCUAGUGAGUAAAAUAUCAAUGGAUUUGAAAAUAUUAACUAAUUUACAUUUCAGAUUGUCCUACCAUUGCACAAGGUCAGGUAUUGUCAAAUGUUGAUGUUGUGGACGUUCAGAAAUUUCCCAACUUCUUAUGAUAUGGUCACCAUGUCCUUUAUCCUAAGAAGAGCUAAUUCAGUUUGUAACAAAAGCCAAUUUUUGCAUCAUUAAGAAGACAGUACCUAAAGUAGGAUAUUUUACCUUCACCUUCAGUGAGCCAGUAAAUCAGCAAAGAGGUAACUGUGCAAAGAAAAAAGUUAGCUAAUAACCUCUGAUGCAUUUAGCAAGAUUUAAAAUAGUUAAGUGUCCUCCUCUUUUCAGUUCAACCAAUAUGCAGCAAGUAAAAUCAACAAAAUACCUAAGCGCCCUCCACUUUUAAGUUCAUCAAUGUGAGAAUAAAGAUUGUAGAGUUGAAAGAGACAUACUACAAUGGCUUCCUUGGUGGCGUGCUGCUGGUCGGAGUGGGGGCGACGGCUUCCUGUGUUGGAAUUUGGGCUUGGCCUAUUAAAUAUUUCAACUAUUCCAAAUAAAUCUCAAAUGCCCAUGUGGGCAUGAGGAAGUGGUGAAGGGGUGCAAACCUUUAAUCCCACAUUGUUAGGGGAAGUUGAGGAGGUCCUAUGGAUCUCCUAUAUAUCUAACCCAUCGGCUACCACCAGAGAACACAUCAACUCAAGCUAAGGUUACAAAACCGAGCUAGGGUUACAAAACCUAGAGUUUUGCCUCUUUCUCGCUGAUGUGCCGCCAUCGUAGUCUAAAUCCAUCCCGAGCGUCGGCGUGCACCGACGAUCGGGAGAGCAGGUCUCCGGAACCUCCGUCCUUGAGAUCCUGCACCGGGAGAGGACGAAUAAGGUUUUUGGGAAGCGCCCGGCGCGACUGCUCUAAGAUUUUCAUCACGGCUCGUCCUUCAUCCAAGUCAGGCGCAGCGGCGAACCGUCGUCUGCGACAUCGGCUGCUGCACUCCGUCAACAAGACUGUCUUCGUCCGAUCAUCUCUGUUCGUCUUUCCAAAAGCCAAGGCUUAGUACAUAAUCUGUUUUUCCAUCCAGUUCUUAAUCAUGUUCUCAGUGUUAAUCAUCCUGUUGUGCCUUGCCACUAGUAUGAUAGAGUUGUUCAUGCUAGAUCUAGUUAUGUUCAUGAUUUAUUUAUUUCGGAAUUUAAUCAUGCAAUUGCCUAAUACUUCAACAAUCCAAAAACCUUAAUAUAGGCAAUAUGUUGAUUUUACUAUGGCUGGUUUUGCUGAUGCAUUGAGGCCAAACAAGUUUACUGGUGUGCACUUUAAGAGAUGGCAAGUCAAGGUUCGUCUCUGGCUUAUUGUGCUGCAUGCAUGGGAAGCGAGGCUUGGUAUUCCGGCAGGUGAACAUUCUCCUGAGGAGAGGAGGAAGUUCACGGAUGCCAACAACAUUUUUGUGGGAUGCGUGAUAAGUGUUAUUGUUGAUCGUCUGGUUGAUGUGUACAUGCACAUAACAGAUGCAAAAGAGUUGUGAGAUGCAUUGGUUGCUAAGUAUGAUGCAACAGAUGCUGGCAGUGAACUAUACACCAUGGAGAGCUUUCAUGACUUCAGGAUGGUGAACAACCGUUCUGUUGUAGAACAGGCUCAUGAGAUACAAUUUCUUGUCAAAGAACUCAAACUCCUGAAGUGUCCUUUACCUGACAAGUUUGUGGCUGGGUGCAUAAUUGCAAAGUUGCCUUCCUCUUGGAGGAAUUUUGCCACUACUCUAAAACACAAGAGAUAGAAAAUAUCAGUUGAAAACCUGAUAGCAUCUCUUGAUGUUGAGGAGAAAGCUCGGGCUAAGGAUGUUUCUGAGAAUGGAGGUGAGGGUAACUCUAGUGCCAACAUGGUGCAGAAGCACCACCCACACAGCAAGAACAAGAAGGCUGCCCACAAGCCUGUCAAGACUACUACCUUCAAGAAGAAGAAGACAACAAACUUCAAAGGAGGUUGCUACACGUGCGGUGAUGGGGGACAUUUCGCAAGAGACUGUCCAAAUCGUGCAGACCGCAAGGCAAAGGCUAAUCCAGGGACAGGAUCCAAGGAUGUCAACAUGACAACACUAGCAAGCACUGAGGAUGGGUACGGCCAUCCAAGGUUCAAGCGUGCUGAUGGGAAAUGGGUCACAUGCUUCUGUUCGUGGUGUUGGUACGAUAGAUCUGAAGUUUACUUCGAGAAAGAUCGUGCAGCUGAAGAACGUGCAGCAUGUCCCAACUAUCAACAAGAAUCUAGUGAGCGGCUCCCUUCUGUGUAAGGAUGGGUUUAAGGUAGUGUUAGAGUCCAAUAAAUUAGUUGUGUCAAAACAUGGACAAUUCAUUGGUAAAGGCUAUAAUUGCGGA